CUAUUAACAUUUCGACUGUGUCGUUUUUAUGGGAGAUUUACAGCAGACAGAGCAUUUGAGGAUGGAGUCUGUGCACCUAGAUAUGGAUGGGAUCUUUGAGGAUGGAGAUGACCAUAGAGAAGACUUCCCCUCAACGCUGCCUGAUCUCCCAGCUGAGUUGGAGCCCCUCGGUGAAGGAGACGAGGAUGUGCCUCUCAGUCAGGACCCAGAAAAUGCUGAUGUGUUGGCCAAGCUGAAGGGAAUGAAAGGUGCUGGGAAGAAGGUGGUGAGACGGCCACAGCCGCAACUAGAUGCUUCAAGGUUUGUGUUUUGUUUUGUGUGAACGGGCAGCAGGGAUUUUUCCAGGCUGCUCAUCGCCUGUUUGUUACCCUUGAAGGUCUUGGUUAGAAUAUUGGCCUUCAGUAA